AUGGUUAUCAGGGAGGACCAUUUUCUCGAGCUUGCUUCCGAUAUCGAGAACUGCAUCCGUCUGCUCGAGUGGAAGCACGUGGGUCCGCACCAUUUCUUGGUGAUGGAAAGGCCGGUGAAUUGUUCGGACCUGCAUCAGGUGAUAGAGGAAUUCGGCAUAUUGGCCGAGAACAGAAUACGCCGCAUCUUCCGGCAGACGGUUCGGGCGUGCAUCGCAUGCACCGAAAAGAGAUUCGUGCACGGUGACAUCAAACCGGAAAACAUCCUCGUGGACCUGGACAGAUGGGACGCCAAACUCAUCGACUUCGGAUUCUCCCGAUACUUCGACGACGAUCGUCCGUUCUUUUACCUCGAAGGUACGACCGAUUACCUCCCACCCGAGUGGGAACGAGAAGGCUGCGUGCGUUCCCUUCCGGCCACCGUUUGGUCGUUGGGCCUCGUCCUGUUCGAGAUGUGCACGUUCGUGGACGUGAGCGCACGCAAGCCGUCCGACAUCGAGAACGUCACCGACGACGUUCUUCGGUCUCUUCUGCUGUCGAUUCUUGUCGAACGGUGGCAGGAUAGACCGAAGUUGGGAGAGGUGUACGCGCACGAAUGGUUACAGUAUAAAAAGGACGAAACAGAAAAUUGUUGA